AAAAAAAGGGAAUGAAGAUUUCAAUUUUCUUUUUUUUUAAACCCACCGCUCCCCUUCAGCCGACCAGCGUUUCCAGCUCAAACAAAUAUCUUCUAAACCAGCAUCACGUUGUGGAAUAGUCUGGCGCCACAGCAUCGCUGGAACCAUGCCUCUUCUGCAGAUUUGGACUGGGAAAUUUCAUCCACCGAUUUGAUCAUCAAGAAGCUGCCGCUCAGUCAUUCAUGCCAGUGUUUGUUUUUUUAAAGGGAGGAAUACUUAUCAUCACUUUCAAAAGUAUUGUGUAUGCUGUUUUUUGAGCAAGAUGUCGGAUCUUCUGGUGUUGGUCGAGGGGCUCUGUGACCUGCACGGAUUUCCAUAGCCGGAAAAAACAGCGGGGGCCAAUUCCACGAUUUAAAAAAAUAAAAGAAACAAAAAACAAUAACCCAAGAAACCUAUUAGAAGAACACAUCGCAUUUGUAGAUGUAGGGUAGUUCAUUCGACAUUUUUAAAAGGCAAUCUCGUUUUUUUAUUGCCUAUUGUUACUUUGUGAAUUUUCUAGAGGACCACUGGACUGGUUGGAUUAUAGAAACACAUAUAUAUUUAAGGAUUUGUUGAGAUGUUGGGUCGUCAAGAAGAUAAAUUAUGUGGAAUUUUCUCUGCUCUGGCGGCUUUGUCCUUCUUCUUCUGCUUUGUUCAAAGCUCUUCCACUGGAAGCACCGGAAUGUCUGUGGCCAAGACCACCGUGGACAAGUUGCUGAAGGGAUAUGACAUCCGUUUGAGGCCAGAUUUUGGAGGUCCUCCUGUCGUCGUGGGAAUGAGCAUCAACAUAGCGAGCAUCGACUCCAUCUCAGAAGUCAACAUGGACUACACCAUCACAAUGUAUUUCCAGCAGAGCUGGCGGGAUAAGCGUUUGGCCUACAACGAGCUGAAGCUAAACCUGACUCUGGACAACCGUGUAGCAGACCAGCUUUGGCUCCCUGACACCUACUUCCUUAAUGAUAAGAAGUCCUUUCUUCACGGUGUGACGGUAAAAAACCGGAUGAUUCGUCUGCACCCAGAUGGCACCGUGUUAUACGGACUGAGAAUAACUACUACUGCUGCUUGCAUGAUGGACUUGAGGAGGUACCCUCUUGAUGAACAGAACUGCACCCUGGAGAUUGAAAGCUAUGGAUAUACCACGGAUGACAUCAUAUUUUUCUGGCAAGGAGAGGACAGAGCAGUGACGGGCGUUGACAAGCUGGAGUUACCUCAGUUUUCCAUCGUAGACGUCCGUUUAGUGUCCAAGGAGGUCAAGUUUGCCACAGGUUCAUAUCCAAGGCUUUCGCUGAGUUUCAGGAUUAAGAGGAACAUUGGAUAUUUCAUCCUGCAGACAUACAUGCCGUCCAUCUUGAUCACCAUCCUCUCCUGGGUCUCCUUCUGGAUCAAUUAUGAUGCCUCUGCAGCUCGGGUGGCCCUGGGUGUGACAACGGUGCUUACCAUGACUACAAUUAACACCCACCUUAGGGAGACUCUCCCAAAGAUUCCGUAUGUGAAAGCCAUCGACGUCUACCUCAUGGGCUGUUUUGUGUUUGUGUUCCUGGCCCUGCUCGAAUAUGCCUUUGUAAAUUACGUGUUCUUUGGCCGGGGCCCUGCGCAACAAAAGAAAAUCAAUGAGAGGCUGAACAAGACCAACAACGAGCGCACAAGAUACGAAGAGAAGCGCCUGAGGGAACAGGACUCCAUUUCCGUGCCGUAUCAAACCAACACCUUCAGGUCAUUUACACAGCGAAGAAAUCUGUAUCUCGAGGAACAAAGAAAAGUUGGGGUGGAUGCUUAUGGAAACAUCCUCCUCACCACACUGGAGAUGAACAACGAAGUGAUGCCUUCUGACGUGGGAAGCAGCGUCAGUGACUCUCGGAAUUCCGUCAUGUCCUUUGACAGCUCCGGGGUCCAAUUCAGGAAGCCCAUGGCUCCGCGCGACGGCUUUAGCCACCACUCGCUGGACCGGAGCGCCAUGCGGAGCCGGGCCAACUGUCGGCUACGACGACGCUCCUCCAAGCUCAAGUUGAAAAUUCCAAACCUGUCAGAUGUUAGCACCAUUGACAAGUGGUCCAGGGUCAUUUUCCCUAUCACCUUUGGAUUUUUCAACCUAAUCUACUGGUUGUACUACGUGAAUUGAUGUGCAUCCCACUAGGAAUCAUGGGCCAUAUUUUGAGAGCACAUUAAAUUGGCUUUGAUACAGUUCCAAAAUAUGUAUACACAUAUACAAGUUGAACAUAUGUAUAUGCAUAUUUAUAUAUAUUAUAUUUAUAUAUACACCUGUCAAAUCUGAAGGACCUUUCUGCUGUACAAAGUAUUAUUAGGAUGACUUGAAUGUUUAAGGAGAAUUGUGGGAGAAGACUUUCAAGGCUUUGAGUAUCUUUUUCCUGGUGAAAGAAACAAAGAAACAAACAACAAACAAACACAAAAUCCCACCUGGGGGUUUCGGGACUAAAGACUGCAUGAUAUUUUUGCUAAAAGUGGAAGUUAAAGCUCCUGAGAGAGAAAAAGAUGUCUCAGAGUCGCAUUGACUUUUUAGUGAUACUUAUUGUAAUCAAAAAAUUCCUCUACUGCAGCUCAUAAAAUCAGUGGUGGCUCGUCGGUUCAGGCAUCAGUCGAGGGAGAUCCGUGACACCCCCAGCCACCCUCACCGAAACCCCAUCCCCCGACCCCCCACGACCCCACCCAUCGGCCAUGGAUAACAUGCACGGAAAUAUCCGGUUCUACUACUGUAUAGCAACCUUGUUUGGAUUAUGUGUUGUACCUUGGGUUUUUUGAAGUGGUAUCGUUCUCUUUAUCAGACAUCAGCGCCGGCCGAACGGGCUCCAUCAGAGGCCCGUGUGGAUGGGAUGUUUGACCGCAGCAUUCCCGCCCAUCGUCAACGCAAACGUGUGUUCCUUUCUCUUCUCAUGUUAUUUUUAGAAAACAUGUACU